GCGAGUGAUCGGCCUCGCGUCCGGCGGGUAAUCCCCAUCUGAUCUGCUGUCUACGAGCUGCGGACGGCCGGGCCGCGCGAGCCUGGGGGGCCCGGGCACCGUGGCGAUGACCUGAUCCCGAGCCCGCCAGGGCGCCCCCUCCUUCCCUCUUCCCUCGCUCCCUCUGAGCCUGUGCGGAGACCGGCUCGGUGCGGCGGCCCCGGGCGGGCCAUGGCGGGGAGCUCCAGUUAAGGCGUGUGGGCGCCGAGCUGGAGAGGACACCUUCGGCAUCGCUGCCUUUUGAGGGGGCUUAUUUAAACUACUGAGUCAUUCCAGAUUUAGGAUUCCCUAAAUAAUCACCAACUGUGCCCGUCUUGUGCCAGAAAGCGAGCAGAAAGAGAAAGAGCGCCCGCUCUUGGGACCCCGCGCAUCCCGGCGCUCGCCUCUCGCGGGUUUCUCCCCGAGGGGUGCCUGGCCCUCGAGGAUCUCCCUCCCUCCGUCCCUCCCUCUAUCCCAGUCCCUCCUUCCCUCCCCCUCCCUCGCCUCCCGCUCUCUUCGCAGCGCUGCUGGCGGGGAGUCGCGCGCGCCGCAGCUGGAAACAGCUGCCCCCGCCCCGCGCCCCUACCCCGACUCCGGCUCACGGCUCCCACUUCGCGCCUCUCGGAAUUCCAGAACUCCGGCGGCCGGCCCCUGGAGAACCGCAGCCGGGCGCGAUGCAUUCCGUAGACCUCACCCAGCCGGGACGGACCUCCUAAUCUCCAGAACUGCGGGCCGCAGGGAGUUAAAUUGCUGCCUUCCUCUCCUUCUCUCUGGCGGUUGGUGGCUUGUUUUCUAAAGGAACGUUUUAUUCACUUUUUAGUAUUUUCUACCGGGGGCACGCUACUCGCCUCGGUCCAGACUCUGCUUUGUAAACGGGUUUUAUAUGUAUGUAUGUGUAGAUAUACUUUGGACACCUUACAACGCUUGCGCCUCUCCAACGGGGGCACGGCUUGUUGUUUUGGACAUCCUUCUUCCCCUUCCAUUUGGUACUCUGAACGCAGUGUGACCAAACUCCCCACGGCCCAUCGGACGCGGAUCGCCUUGGGGUGCAAGUUUGGGGUGCAAGAGUCUAGUUAACUGGAAGGCCUGGGACCGCCCCGCCCCCGCUGCCAGCGGUUGGGGAAGUUUACAUCUGGAUUCUCACACAUUUUGUCGCCACUGCCCAGACUCUGACUAACCUUGUGGGCGUCGGGUUUUCGGUACUGCAGCCUCCUCAAAUAUUAGCACUGCCUCCCCGCGCCUGCCCUGUCCCUCCAGGCCGCCGAGGUCCUGCCCUCGCCCCGGUGGAGCGCGAUCCCGAGCGCGCAGUGGAGCCCGGGGCCUGGGGCCCACGCUAAGCAGCUAUGGCUGCGGCGAUAGCCAGCUCCUUGAUCCGGCAGAAGCGACAGGCGAGGGAGUCCAACAGCGACCGGGUGUCGGCCUCCAAGCGCCGCUCCAGCCCCAGCAAAGACGGGCGCUCCCUGUGCGAAAGGCACGUCCUCGGGGUAUUCAGCAAAGUGCGCUUCUGCAGCGGCCGCAAGAGGCCCGUGAGGCGGAGACCAGAACCCCAGCUGAAAGGAAUUGUGACAAGGUUAUUCAGCCAGCAGGGAUAUUUCCUGCAGAUGCACCCAGAUGGUACCAUUGACGGGACCAAGGACGAAAACAGCGACUACACCCUCUUCAAUCUAAUUCCCGUGGGCCUGCGUGUGGUGGCCAUCCAAGGGGUGAAGGCCAGCCUCUAUGUGGCCAUGAAUGGUGAAGGCUAUCUCUAUAGCUCAGAUGUUUUCACUCCAGAAUGCAAAUUUAAGGAAUCUGUAUUUGAAAACUACUAUGUGAUUUAUUCUUCUACACUGUAUCGUCAGCAGGAAUCAGGCCGAGCAUGGUUUCUAGGACUCAAUAAAGAAGGUCAAAUUAUGAAGGGAAACAGAGUGAAGAAAACCAAGCCUUCAUCACAUUUUGUACCAAAACCUAUUGAAGUGUGUAUGUACAGAGAGCCAUCACUACAUGAAAUUGGAGAAAAACAAGGGCGUUCGAGGAAAAGUUCUGGAACACCAACCAUGAAUGGAGGCAAAGUCGUGAAUCAAGAUUCAACAUAGCUGAGAACUCUUCCCUUUGUCCCUCUCUCAUCCCUUCCCUUUAUCCCCUCCCCUUUACCCAUUUCCUUCCAAUAAAUCCACCCAAGGAGAGGAAAAUAAAAUGGCAACCCAGGACCUAGUGACUAAGAUUCUGCACUCAAAAUCUUCCUUUGUGUAGGACAAAGAAAUUGAACCAAAGCUUGCCUGUUGCAGUUUGGUAGAAAAUGCACAUGCACAAAAUAUUAGCACACAUAAAAUCAAGGGAAAAAAUAAAUCAAGACACCACAACAUUGUGUUGUUAUUAAUAAAAGGCCAAUUAUAAUGAAGACAUAGCUAUAAUAAAUGUGAAAUAAAGUUAUUAUCUUAAAGACAAGGGUUUUGGAGAAUUUAACUUAGAAAUCAAUGUAAUACCCUAAAUAACUUAAACUUUGGAUAAUGCUGUGAUGUGUGCUGUGUUUUGAAUUUGAAUUUUCUUUGGGCAUCUGGAAUUAACACAUAAUUACAUACUGUUUCCAGGAUUUUUUUUUACCAUGAUAUUUAACAUGUACAAAUUAUAGAUUCUUCUAACACCUGUACGGUAUAAGCCAGGAAUCAUUUAAAAGUUUAAAAUUUUAUUCUUGAAGUUGUUACUUAAGAUUGUUUCAUGCAAAGGAUAGACUUCUGUUGAACUUAAUGGUAUUAGCUGAUAUCAUUCCUUCAUAAAAAAAGAAUUUCAGAUUCACCUAGGAGAUUAUCAUAUUUUUAUCAAAGGGAUUAGUCUAGGAUCUCAUUUUUUUUUUUUUUUAGUCAUUUAGAAAAAUAAAAUGUGUUCUAAGGCUGAAAUAACUUUUGGGAAUUCUGUGUCAUUGCCAUGCCUGGGCAGUGAUGAAUAAGUUAUAUGCUCUUAUCAUUUGGUCUGAUUGUUUACAUUGUACACACAUUUGAGAGUAGAGGUGCAUGUCUAGCUGUAUUAGAGAGUUUUGUACCAUCUCUUGCAGCAGGAAAGAAAGAAAAGGAGUUUUGCAUGAGGAAAUAAGUUUUAGGAAAUUGGUCAAAGCAAAUUAUAGUUGCCUUUGAAACUUACUAGAGUUUUAUGUAUGUAAUAUUUUCCAAAUUUCACCAAGAAAUUGGGAGGCAUGGCUGUGAAAUUCCUAACCUAAUAUCUUAUGAAGCCAGUGGUUUGCUUGUUGCUGUAUAUCCUUGUUAAUAAGUCUAGUUGACAAUAAAUCUGUCUCCUAGAACACAGAAAGGAACUUGAUACACUGAGUUUUCAAGGGGCAUAGAAAAACAAUAUGGAAUUAACAGUUAUGGUUCCAACACACAGGGUUGUGUGAGCUUAAAGCACUCGAAAAGAAAAAAAAAAGAACUCAGUGUAAGGACUAGGCAAUACUAAAGUAUUAGAAAAAUAUUAGGGAAGAAAUGAACAUUAUAUGAUCGCCUUGGAAAAAAAAAUAGAUCUACAUAGUCCUACAAAUCAGGAUGGUGUAGAGACAUCCAAAUUCAAACAAAACAGAAUGUUAAAAAUGUAUGCAGAAUUAUGGAUAUUAUCAAUGAGAAGACGUAGCAUGUUACUUCUCCUAUAGCUCUACUGUCCAGCAUGUAUUGUUCCAAAUAUGAUUCCCUAAAAUAUAUACACUUUGCAGAAGCUCUAGGCCUUCACUUAAAUGACCUUGCCAUUGGUUGCUGUAUUCUUUCAAAGUCAAUGUAGUUCCCCUCACUCUACACAAUCAUUAUUCUUUAAUAGUGGUUUGUGUCCUUCACCAAGUACUUAAUUUAUGUUAUCAGGAGAUUAGCAGCAAAUGAAAUGGAGGAAUUUGCCUUAUCGGUUGUAAAGAAUAAAAGUUAUGCAUCUAGGCACCUCGGCAAGGAUUUUGAACACACCUUUGCAAAAGAUAUUUGUUUAACAAAAUAUUUUGAAAGUAACAAAUAAAGACAUUUAAAUUAAAAAAAAAAGAAUGUUGCUCUUCUAGGAAAAGAACACACUUGUAAAAAACUUACAAAUCUGGUUGUAUUUCUCCUUGUCACUCUUGAUUCAACUUGCUUUUAAACACACCUGUCACUUCUAGGACCAAACAAACCCCAAGCACAAAGCCUUGUUUUCUUUGAAAAAAUUAAAAAAGAGUCUUCUACAAAAUGGGUCACAGGCUCAUUUAGCAUGAAAUUACUUGAGCUUUUAUGGUGAUACACACACACACACACACCCCCCACAAACUCAUCAGUAACACAAUUGACAGUUUCACAAAGUGUUAUAAAUUACACUGAUGAUUUCAUUACAAUAUAUUUAGUCUGGUUAAAUAUUAAGAAAAAUAUGAUGGCAAUAUGAACUGCAACACAAAUCCUCCCUCUAUUUUCAAUGGCUGCCCAUGAUUUAUCAUCUAGAUUCAUAUUUGUCUUCUUCCUCGUAGCAGUUAAGCAGGAGUCCAACCACCUGGUUUCUAUAUAUUUUUUUUUCAUAUCAUUUAAGCAAAUGUUGACCACAGUAACUGUUCAGAAAUUAGCUUUGCCUUAUUUACAAUUAAUUUUGAAGAAUUAACUGGAAAGCUCACCUUUCUUUCACAUAUUAACUUGACAAAACCUGUAGUUGAGAGCAUAGGGUGAACGUUUGCUUAACUGCUGCUUACGUUUUAGAUACAUAAAACCUUUAAUAGAAAAAAUCAGUAUUCACGGUCUUAGUUUUUUUUAAAUUACCAAAUACAAACAUAUAAUUAUCCUAUUUCUUCCAAAAAUAUGAGCCAGUUUAAAUAGUUUGUUUUCCGGGCUUCUUCCAAGUAAAAUAAUUCUUUGAUUUUUAUCGUUUCAAUUUCUGGGUCUCAAUGCAUUCAUCUCUUAAGUUUCUAUAAGUCAAAUAAACUCUUUUUUUUUUCAUCCAUUGGGAUAUUCUCAGGAAAAAUAUAACUUUCAGUAAAGCUUUGUAAUUGACUAUGUACAUAUAAGUUAAGAUGUGUUUAUUCCAAGAGUCCUCAUUGUAACAUGCUUCAAAAUCAAUGGGCUUAAGAAUGAAAAUGAUACUUUUGAGAAUCUCAAAACAGUUCUUUGGUCAAUAUACUUUACUUGAUUUUUAAGCUAGAAGUUUGAGGUAUGGAAACAAAAUGGUGCUGACGUUCCAUUUGCUAAUUCAGAGACUUGUGCUUCAGGAAACUGGAGGACAGCAAGCCAUCCUGUACUUGAUCACAGUAAUAGUUUGGGUUUUGAAUUUUACAUAUGAAUUUCAUAGCACAUUUUUAGCCAUUAUGGAUUGGCACAAUAAAGAGACAUCAAUUUGAUGUAAAUUGUGAUGCUUUAUGGGCCUCAUUUUAAUCCAGGUAGCUUUUUAGAAGGAUUCUUCAAUUUAAGAAAUGACACUGCUGUAGAUAGGUAUUAUAUGUAUGGAUGAUUGUCCUGUGGUGCCACUAGCAAGAGAUGAGAAUAUUAAGACAGAAGUAAAGAAUGAAGAAUGACUUAUUACGUAUUGGAAAUUUGAAGGUCCUAAUUUGGGACCACUGAUUUCUUGACAAAGAAACAUAGCUACAUCAACAGUAAUUUUUUUUAAACAUGGACCCAGAAAUAGCAAAUCUACUAUUCUACCUUCAUGGCUUAGUCUACAAGGCCUUGCUCUGAGAAGGUUUCCCAUGAUGUUACUUAAUUUCGUCUGCACAAGGUGAAACACACUCAAACAUAAAAAUCCCCUGCUCAUUUUAAUAUCAUAAAAGGCUGAGAUUAUUUCUCUGUCAUAAAAUUGUAAAUAGCAUUUUUUAACUCAGAGUCACAUUUAAAACAGUGGAUUGUUCUACAAAUAUAUAUGUGUAUAUAUACAUAUGCUUCUGAAAUAAGGAUAUAUAGAGUUUUUAUUUGACUUGUGUUCUUUAGUCAUAGCUAAUCAAAAAAUAAAGAGGUUUGAAUGCAAAACUUUAUAUACAAAUGUAUAUUUCUAAUGGUAAUAUAAAUUGCCACUUUAUAAUAAAAAAAGGAACAGAUGGAAAUAAUUAUCAAAGCACAUGCUCCUUCAGACUUAAGUGAUUCUGAAUUCUUCUUUGAUGUAGAAGUAUUUUUUUUUGAAAAGUUAUCUUAAAAAGCUAUACUUCCUGAUCCAGAUUCCAUGAUAAGUCAUAUCAGAUUGAAAAGUUAUGUUUGAGGGCAGGAAAAAGAUGAUAAAUGCAAAUCUUUAUUUUUCAGGAUUUUUCCUUACAGCCCAAGUUAAAAAUUCAAUAUUUAAAAUCUAAAUUAAGUGAAAAUUAUUAAUAUUCAGAGAUGAUAUAUUAAGCUUCAGUAACAGAAGCAAAAUGUAUUUAACAUACAAUAGCUUUAAAAUAAUUUCAUAAUAAAAAUUACAUCACUAGAUGUUUUAUUAGUUGGAAAGAAUUAAUGUUUCUUUGUCUUUGCUCCAAGCACAACUUAAAGACAGUGGCAUUCAUUUUACUUAAAGUUGUUUAAAAGUCCAAAAUACACUCCUAUGAAUAGAAUUGGUAUUAGCUCCAUUAUAAGAUUAAAUGUUACAAUUUUAAGAAAUUAUUGACACUGAAAUGUUUAAUAAACAUGUUGUAUGAGAAAAUUGAACAAAUUAAUGUUUCAUUUUUGCAUUAAAGCACAGAUUAUUCAAAUCAUUGUUUUUUGAGAUCAGAUUUGUAAAAUGUUUAUAUAUCACAACCUUCCUGAAGUAAAAAGCAAUUAAAAUCUUGAGAUGCUCAUGCAUGUAGACAAAAUACUUGCACUUUUUUUUUUAAUAUUAAACUUCUUUGGGAAGUCAA